CGAUGAACAGCCAGCGCUAGUUUGAGAUAAGAGUUUUGUUACGAGGGAAAUUGAUAAUAAGUUGUUGGAAGAAGCUGGAAUCACAGGAAUUUCAUGGGCAGUGAAGAAUCAGGAAGUCAAAAGCACAAGAGGAAUAAGAGUUUUGUGAUAAGAGAGGUUCCAAUACAGCGGGCGAAGAUUAAUAAUGAUGCAGAAUGGAGCAGAGGGAAGAGCUUCUGUGAGAUGGAGAAGGCGAUGAUGAGUGACUAUGAUACCCCUGAGCUGGUGGUUUUCCUUCAGGAGGACAGAGGAGCGUCAGCAAAAGACAAGUGUGCGAUGGGAAACUGUGAAUGCUAUGAAGAAACGGCGGAGACAUUGUCUUGCUCCUCUGCUUCGAAAGUGUCAGACUCCACAUGUCGGAAUCCUCGCACCAACAAGUGUGGUUUCAGAAACUCGACGAUGAUGGUGGAAGGUGACCACCCCACUGAGGGCAGUGAGAAAGAAGAGGAGGUUGUGAGAUUAUUCGACAAGAAGCAGGAGGAGUGGUGUUCGUGCGGCAUAGGAACAUCAAUAAGGUGUGGCAGCGUGUCUGCGUCUCACGGGUCCAGUGACAGCAUGAGCAGCACCCACUCCUUUACUUUUCCCAUAUUGCAGAGAGAAUGGAGCGGAAGCCCCGUGAGGAUGGCGGAGCCUGACGCUGCCUCGGCGUCAAGAAGGCUUCGAUGGCGGAAGAUUCUGUGUCCCUGCUGCAAAUGUUGAUGAAUAAAAGGACUUAAAAUUGAGUAUGAAGAAAUAGGUGAGGAUGCAAGGCAGAAGGCAAAUGAGCCAUUCUAUAAAUGCUGCUAUAUAAUUAACACCAUAUUAUCGAUUCCUUUGUUUUUGAUGGAGAUAUAUGGCAGCUUUGGUUGCUGGCAGUUUCCCCAGUUA